ACAAAAAUCGUUGACGUAAAAUAUUUCUCUUCGUGUGUAGUUUUCACAUUUCACAAUUCGAAAGGCACAUUUAAUUUGAUUUUUUUCUAAAAAUCCCUAGAAUUUAAUAUAAAUUAUGGUUUCUCAAGAAUUCCAAGCUGUUGUUCUUGCUGCUGGCAGGGGAACAAGAUUGCCAGAAUUAACAGGAGACUAUCCAAAAUGUCUAUUACCAGUUGGACCAUAUCCAUUAUUAUGGUAUCCUUUAAAUAUGCUCCAACAACACAAUUUUCAAGAUGCAAUUGUAAUUGUCUUGGAACAUCAAAAAUCCGAAAUUCAACAAGCUCUAGAAAAGACUCCUCUCAAAAUGAAACUUGAUUUUGCAACAAUUUCAGAAGACAGUGAUUUCGGAACUGCUGAUAGUUUGAGAUAUAUUCACGAUAAAAUCAAAUCAGAUUUCAUCGUAAUAUCUUGCGAUGUCAUCACCAACGUAUGCCUCUAUCCCCUCAUAAACAAGUUUCGUCAGCAUGACGCUUCUGUGGCAGCUCUUUUGUUCAAGAGUGGCUUUGAAAACGAUGUUGUCGUUCCAGGCCCGAAAAACAAACACAAGCCAGAAAGAGACUUGAUUGGAAUCCAUCCCAAUUGCAAUCGUCUCUUAUUUUUAGCUUCCACUAGUGACUUUGAAGAAGUCAUGAAUAUCAAUGGACAUCUUAUGAGGAAGUAUGGGAAAAUGACAAUCUUUAGUAGAUUAGUUGAUUCUCAUAUUUAUGUGAUGAAGAAGUGGGUUCUUGAUUUCUUGAAAAGGAAAGAAAAUUUCUCAACCCUGAAAGGUGAGUUUCUUCCUUACAUUAUCAAGAAACAAAUGUCCAGGACACAACAGUCGGCCCCGAUUGAAGCACAAUCAGAAGUAGGUGUUAACAUGAAACCUGAAGACGAUAUCUUCCAUUACGUUCCCUGCACAGAUUUGGAGCAACAAAUAAUCAAGACAUCAUUAUUUAAUGAUUCUCGCCUGAAAGAACCUUACCAGGGUGAUUUAAUUCGUUGUUAUGCCAUUGAAGCACCUAAGGAAACAAUUGGUGUUCGUGUUAACACAACUCUUAGUUACUUUGCUAUGAAUCGAAAACUUCCAUCAGUUUGGCCACAACUUUUCAAAGACAAAACUAAUACAUUUUCUUUAAUCUCACCAACGGCCAUUGUUAAUUCAACACAAGCAAAAGAAAUUGCUGCUGCUGAUAAUGCUAAACUUUCGGAGAAGACUUCACUUAGUUCGAGUGUUUUUGGUCCAAAUUGUUUGAUUAAUCCAAAAAAUAUUGUUACAAAUUCGGUUAUUAUGGCAAAUGCUAUAGUUGAAGAGGGAUGUAACAUUGAUGGAUCUAUUAUUUGCAACAAAGCUGUCGUGAAGAAAGGAUCAGUUCUGAAAAAUUGCCUUAUUGGACCCAAUUUUAUUGUGGAAGAAGGAUCGAAAAAGGAGAAAGUGCACUUGACUAAUGCCGAUGGAUUUAUGGAAAUUGAAUAAAAAUAUCAAGCUUUAAAAGUUGUAAA